CGAAAACUUAGCAGAGCGUGUGCUGAACCAGUCCUCGCGCGGCGUUUUAGUGGCUGCUAAGCGGACCAGAAAAGGCUGGUUGGACCUGAAACCGGAUAACUAUGCCACAGAUCCGUAUUCAUGUUCAGAUAGAGCUAGCACACUCAGGGACACUCGUAGCCCUGUAAGCUGUGACUGCAACCAUACUAUCAAGGAAAUUCCUCAGUCCUCCAGGGUCACCCCGUGAGACAAAGUAGGACGCCACAGGUACACAUGAUGGCCACUGAAGAAAGUCAGACUCAAGCUGGGCAUACAGUAUUGGCUCAGUUUGUUUCACCUUCAUCUACUGGAGGGAGACCCAGCAGAGAAGCCGAACAUGCAAAUAAUGGCCAGAAAGUGUGGCGAGGUUCUGACCAACUGUGGCUUUCAAAACAGCGUAGCAGCCCUUCCCUUCUUGUCUACAGGAAGUUGUCAUGUGAUGAUAUUAAAGGGACCGUUUUGGAUGAAGAACAAAUGGACUGUAAUUACAGCACAAAGGUCCUUAGUACCAAAGAAAAGCUUUUUGCAGAACUGUCGUUUGGCAAGAAUAAUGAAGGAAAAAUGGUAACUAGGCAAAGUUCAGAAGGAUCUCUGUCUCAGCAGGACACACCUGGGGACAUUGUAAAUGCAGGGGGUGACAAAACUGGCAACACCCACCCCUCUUGUAUCCUGUGUAGCAGGUGUUUGGAUGCAAGUCCAAACAUUUGCGCUUGCCAAACACCUAAAUCCAGUCCAGGCCACAGCACCAGUCCUGUUCAGAGUCAUUGCCCCAGCUCCAGCCCCUCUUACUCCUACAAGAGACACAUCCGUCACAGCAGCAUGCCCGUGUCUAUGCUGGCUUUCCACAAGGGCAGUCCCUCAAGUGAGCCGAGCUCUUUGGUGUCAUCUCCCUGCGGUUCUCCUUGCACCAACCACCGGCAGCAUCACCAAAAUGGGCACAUCCCUCUGCACCACCUCAAAGAUGGAUUCUCAAGUUUAGAAAGGCUCAACAGAAGGCUUCGGGUUAAUAAAUGCUCCUUGGAAGCGCUAUUCUUUCGACGAGCAUCCCUUGAAACCCUGGGUUUAUCCUCAGGAGGGAUCCGGAGCUGUAGCAGGGAUAGCAGCAGUGAUGAGAGGGAUGAAGAAGGAUUGUUGGACAGCAGAGAGUUUGUCAGGAACCGCAAAGAACGUUCCACUGUCCUGGUGAGGCGGUUUUUGAGGAAUAACCAGAAGGUGACCAAGUCAGUGUGUGCUGGAACCAAAGCGAUUGUCAGAACACUGCCGUCAGGACGCAUCUCAGAGGAUGUCUGGGGAGUUGUUGUUGAUCACAGAUUCUGGCGUCCCAGCAAGAAUGAUAUCUGGCCAAUUGUAAUACGUGGUGAGGAAUUCAGAGGCUGCAGAGGGAUGUUAUGCUUUAUUGGAGUUAAGCUGCUGCAGGUCAACAACUAUGUGCAGGACAGAGAGGAAUUCAACCUGAUUCAUCCUGCCAGAAAGCUACUGUUGUCUUGGCCUGGUUGUGUCCAUCUUAGGGAGUUUGUUGAUCCGCUGCAUGUUGUCAGAGCUGACCAAGCCAUACCUGAUUCAAACCUCUGCCUCAAACUCCGUUGUUGUCCUCCUUCUCAUCCACCCAGGUGGUAUCGCGCUUGUGGCCAAAGGACAUCAGUGUGUUCACUGCUGACUGGAGCACUUCUAGAGAGCACAGUUGCUCUUGGUGCCCGCUCUGCUCUACCCUGCCCUUUGCCCCAGUGCCCCAACAGCCACGCCGUGCUGAAAGAGCGACAGCUGGCCAACAGCAUGAACAGCAGCAGCUCUCUUCCUCCCAGUGUCAGUGGGAUCAGUAAGGAGUUGGCAGAGCUGCGACAUCUUGUUCAGUUCCCAGAGGAGAUUGCCUUUAUUCUCACUGAGCAAGAACAGCAGCUUUACCAGCAGGUCUUCCCCUUGGACUACCUCUGUUUCCUUACUCGAGACCUGGGCAGUCCUGAGUGUCAAACGAAACGCCACCCAAACCUCAAGGCCUCACUGUCAGCGCCCACCAUGCCCACUCAGAGUGUUCAGCGACAUAAUGCUGUGGAGGACCUGGUGGCACGCUUCAACGAGGUGAGUUCGUGGGUGACGUGGCUGGUUCUGACAGCAGGAUCUAUGGAGGAGAAGAGAGAAGUUUUCUCAUAUCUUGUCCAUGUUGCUAAAUGCUGUUGGAACAUGGGAAACUACAAUGGUGUCAUGGAGUUCCUGGCUGGACUCAGGUCCCGCAAAGUGCUGAAGAUGUGGCAGUUUAUGGACCAGUCAGACAUUGAGACCAUGAGAAGUUUAAAAGAUGCCAUGGCUCAGCAUGAGUCUUCUUCUGAAUACAAGAAGCUUGUGACCAGGGCUCUUAAUAUCCCAGGGUGCAAGGUGGUGCCAUUCUGUGGGGUUUUUCUCAAGGAGUUAAGUGAUGCAUUGGAUGGCACAGCGAGUAUCAUCAGCCUCAAACAAUCUCCAGUCAACACGGAAGACUCGAUAGAGUUUGUAUCAGACUACAGCGGCCAGCAUAAUUUCAUGUCACGAUGUGGUCCGGGCGGCCUUCACAUCCCGGAGAAAGAAGCUACGGUCAGCAACAUCUUACAGAUUAUCAGAUCUUGUAAUCGCAGCUUGGAAGCAGAGGAUCCCGAUGACCCGUCCACCAGUCCUUCUUCAGCUGGUUCAUCCCUCACAUUCAGAAGCAACUCCCUCAGGGACCGCUGCCUCAAUCAAUUUACGGUUGGGGACUUGUCGGACUCUGAUGGUGAUUUGUCGAUUGAACCGGUGGUGAAAGAGGUGGAAUUUCAAGGCACUGAAGAGACGCACAGAGCUUUUAGCCAUGGCACGGAGCUCAUUCCUUGGUAUGUGUUGUCGCUACAACCAGACGUUCACCAGUUUUUGCUGCAGGGGGCUACAGUCAUUCAUUACGACCAGGACAGUCACCUCACAGCUCGCUGUCUUCUGCGACUACAGCCAGAUAACACAACACUCACCUGGGGAAAACCUCAAAACGGAGGCGCUUUCCCCACAGAGCAGCCUCUCGGAUUAGGACAGACUGUAGUGGCUGGUCUAGCAGAAGGCCUGUUGGACCUAGGAGUGGUGAAGGCAGUGUUUCUGGGUCAUCAGGGAGUAGAUGUCCAUACUAUAUGUUUGCAAAACAAGCUGAGCCAAAUGACUGUGGAAGAGAACGGACUAACCCUCCUCUAUGGCCUCAGUACCACCGACAACAGACUUCUGCAUUUUGUGGCACCCAACCACACAACACAGAUGCUCUACAGGGGUCUGUCAGAGUUGGUAAAUGCAACCAGAAAACUGAAGAAGUUUCCUGACCAAAGACUGCAGUGGCUGAGGAGGCAGUAUGUCAGUUUGUAUCAGGAGGAUUGCAGAUACGAAGGUCCCACGUUAGCUCAGGCCAUUGAGCUCUUUGGUGGGCGGAGGUGGAACAUGGGUACGGGUGGGGUUGAGAAACCUGGCACCCAGAAAAACAGCCCGCUGAGCAUCAACGAUAAGUCCAAAAAGAAGAAGAAAGUUCUUGUCAGGGGGGACAGUGGGGAUGCCACCGAUGAUGAGAUGGUUUCCAGAAAGACACGGAGCUGCAAGGAAGGACUGUCCAGAAAUGGUCCAGAGUCAGACAGCAUUGACCAAGAAGAUCCAGAUGACAGCUUCCCUGGACCAUUUUCCCUUUCUUCCUGUAAGAGCCCUGGAUUGCUAGCCUCCUCCUCUUCUUCAUCUUCUUCCUCCAGCAUGGCAGGGUCCAACCACUCCCGUCCGCAGUCAUCUCCAAUCCUUUCAGGAACUUCAAAGGCACAGCCAGGAGCUUGGAGCAGCAGAUCAUGGCAUGGCCGAGGUAAAGGCUGCUUCAAAGGUUUCCAGAAUCUCAUGAUUUCUGACAGCACGAUGACCUUCAUUGAAUUUGUUGAGCUUUUCAAGUCAUUUAGUAUCCGAAGCAGGAAGGACCUGAAAGAGCUGUUUGACACCUUUGCAGUCCCUUGCAGUCGCUCAGGCCCUGAAUCAUCUCCUCUUUACACCAACCUCAGGAUAGAUGACAAAGACACAGGACUACAGCCUGACCUUGACUUACUGACGCGGAAUGGCUCUGAUCUUGGACUGUUUAUCCGGAUGAGGCAGCACAUGUCUGACAACCAGAAACAGAUCUCAGAUGCCAUCGCAGCAGCUAGUAUCGUGACCAAUGGCACUGGGGUGGAGAACGCGUCGUUGGGUGUCUUGGGAUUGGCUAUCCCUCAGCUCAAUGACUUUUUAGUGAACUGUCAGAAAGAGCACCUGAGCUAUGAUGAGAUUCUCAGCAUUAUACAGAAAUUUGAGCCCUCAUCAACCAUGAGACAAAUGGGUUGGAUGUCAUUUGAAGGUUUUGCGAGGUUCCUGAUGGACAAGGAAAACUUUGCUUCUCGAAAUGAAGAAUCUCAGAUAAAUCCAGAGGAGCUGCAGUACCCUCUCUCCUACUACUAUAUCGAGUCUUCUCACAACACUUAUCUGACUGGGCACCAACUCAAGGGAGAAUCCUCUGUUGAACUUUAUAGUCAGGUGCUGCUGCAAGGCUGUAGGAGUGUGGAGCUGGACUGCUGGGAUGGGGAUGACGGCAUGCCAGUUAUUUAUCAUGGACACACACUCACCACGAAGAUUCCCUUUAAGGAUGUGGUUGAAGCAAUUAACCGCUCUGCAUUUGUCAAUUCUGACAUGCCCAUCAUCCUGUCCAUAGAGAACCACUGCUCCCUUCCGCAGCAACGCAAGAUGGCUGAACUCUUCAAGACUGUGUUUGGUGAAUGUCUUGUGACGCGGUUCCUGUUUGAAAGCGACUUCAGUGAUGACCCUCACCUGCCAUCACCGCUGCAGCUGCGUAGGAAGAUCCUCCUCAAGAACAAGAAGCUCAAAGCCCAUCAAGCACCAGUGGACAUACUCAAGCAGAAGGCUCACCAGUUGGCCCACAUGCAGGCUCAGGCAAGCAACGGGUCACCAGGAAUUACUCCACCUAGCAACCAUGCCAAUGAAGAAGAGGAAGAAGAAGAAGACGAAUAUGACUAUGACUAUGAGUCUCUAUCAGAUGAUAACAUCCUGGACGACAAACCAGAAGGGAAGAGCUUAGCAGAUAAAGAAGAGCAACCGACAGAUGAAAUUCCUAAGAGGAUGAAGAAGUCUGACAGCACGAUGCAGAGUAAAGGAAAGGUGUUUGACAUGGAGCUGGGUGAGGAGUUUUAUCUUCCUCAGAACAAGAAAGAGAGCAGACAGAUUGCCCAGGAGCUAUCUGACCUUGUCAUCUACUGCCAGGCUGUGAAAUUUCCUGGCCUGUCUACGUUGUCUCCGGCUGGCUCUGGUCGAGGGAAGGACAGGGGAAAGAGCAGGAAGUCCAUAUUUGGCACAGCUCCUUCUCGCUGCAGCACUACAGGGGAGGUCACGACCCAGAGCCGCACUCCUGGGAAAGGUGGAUCCGAACGGCUCAGCUGGGAGGAGCAGCAGACAUCACCCAUCCUCAACCCCCCUACGUCUCUCAGCGCCAUCAUCCGCACUCCAAAGUGCUACCACAUUUCCUCUGUCAACGAGAACGCAGCCAAGCGGCUGUGUCGACGCUAUUCUCAGAAGCUGAUCCAGCACACUGUGUGCCAGCUACUUAGGACAUAUCCCGCAGCCACGCGGAUCGACUCAACAAACCCCAACCCUCUGCUUUUCUGGCUGCAUGGAAUCCAGCUGGUGGCUCUCAAUUACCAGACUGACGACCUGCCAAUGCAGUUGAACACAGCGCUGUUUGAGGCCAACGGAGGCUGUGGCUAUGUUCUGAAGCCUGCAGUGCUUUGGGACCGUAGCUGUCCACUUUAUCAGCAGUUCUGUCCGAUGGAGAGGGAUCUGGAGAAAAUGAGCCCUGCUGUCUAUUCCCUCACAAUCGUUUCAGGUCAGAAUGUUUGCCCGGGUAACAGCUCUGGCAGCCCCUGCAUCGAGGUGGAUGUUCUGGGCAUGCCCAUCGACAGCUGCCACUUCCGCACCAAACCCAUCCACCGCAACACUCUCAACCCCAUGUGGAGCGAACACUUUCAGUUCACUGUGCAUUUCGAAGAGAUGUGUUUCCUGCGAUUUGCUGUGGUGGAGAACAACAGUUCCCAGACAACGGCUCAGAGAACUCUGCCUCUGACAGCCCUCAAACCUGGUUACAGACACGUUCAGCUGAGGACGCAGCAUAACGAGCCUCUUGAAGUGUCCACUUUAUUUAUUUACAGCCGUAGAACAGAGGAGGGCCCCACAGGGGGCGCUACUCCCUCAUCUUUGCUGUUCAGCUCAGAGGAGAAACAUGUCUCCCAGCAACACAGGGUAACAGUGCAUGGAGCUCCUGGUCCUGAGCCCUUCACAGUUUUUUGUGUUACGGAGCAGACUACUGCAAAACAGCUGCUGGACAUGGUUGUUGCAUCAUCAGGAAAUACAUCAGAGUACUUCUUGUGUGAGGAGAAGGUUCCCUUGUUGAAAGAGCGCAGUGAGGUGAAGCGUUGUGCACAGUAUCGAUCUCUAGCACCUGAGGAGGAGGUGGUCAGGCUGGUCUGCAGCUGGAAUGCAGAAGAGGGAUAUGUGGGCAGGAUCUGCCUCAAAACAAGAGAGGAGAACUUAACUGAGAAAAUCACUGUGCUGGAGAGAGAAGAGGACACGACUGUGGGAGGUAAAGAAGGAGGAGGGGAGGAUGAUAUGUUCUUUGUUCAGGUUCAUGAAGUCUCACCAGAACAGCCUCACACUGUGAUCAAGGCCCCACGCUACAGCACUGCUCAGGACAUCAUACAACAGACACUAUCAAAGGCAAAGUACUCCUACAGUAUUCUCUCUAAUCCCAAUCCCUGUGACUACGUCCUGGUGGAGGAAGUGACUAAGGACGCUGGUUCUAAGAAGUCCUCCACCACCAAGCCCCUUCAGCGAGUGCUGCUGGACCACGAGUGUGUCUACCAAGCUCAGAACCGCUGGCGGGGCGGGGGAAAAUUUAUUCUUAAACUCAAAGAGCAGGUGGUGCGGGAGGACAAAAAGAAGGUCAUUUCUUUUGCCAGUGAGCUCAAGAAGCUGACCAGUCGCAGCCGCAGCAUGACGGCUGGCAUUGGAGGGGACGGCCCUGCUCAGAGUAAGGACGAUCGAGCUGCAUGCUGUGUGGCUCUGACAGAGCUCCAGGAGUGAACCUCACACUUUGCCUGCUGUCUGUGCAUGAAAAAGCAACAGAGGGUGUCUGUCUGCAGCUGCAGGUCUGAAGGCAUGGGUCACAGAGGGCAGGGUGGGGGCUGGAAUGUUCCUACAGGCCUCAUCCACCUCCCCUUCCUCCUACUUUAGGGGUGAACUCCAACCUGUUCACUGUCCCACCUCUUCUCUAACCCCCCCAGCCUGGAAGCUUCACCUCCUAAGGAACUGGAAAAUCCACAAAUGAUAUCCAGGAGGGAAGACCGGCACUGACUACUUCUGAACUUGGAGGAUUCCCCUUUUCUAUGAGAGGCCAAGUGUUUCCGUGAAGGUCUGAGGAAUUGUGAACUUCGGUGGUGGGCUCCUCUCAAGGUCUUGAAGGGGUUUGAUCCUGCUUUGUGCUAGUUGAACAACUGGAGGACAGAUGUCAACCUAAAGCUAAGGUUAUCAGCACCUUGGCUUAGUUGAAUGAUAAUCAGGAGUUUGGGAAUCCCACCCAGCAUCAGUAGUGAUGUCAUGUGGGCAAGUGUUUCCAGCCCCUUUUGGUUUGUGGUUAUUAUCGUGGCUACACAGAGGGUCCAGGGUACCAGGGGCAGCUGUUGUCAUUGAAGUCAUCAGGAACAUUAAAUAGCACUAAUAUUUUCCUCCUGUUACUAAAAGAUAGGAGAAAAAAAAUCUUUCCCUGAGUCACACGCAAAUGAUGAAGAGGUAUGAGUUUUCUUUCAUGUGCCAGUUUUAUUUUCUUAACCACCAAGAAGAGCUGCUCACUCUCUCUCUCUCUCUCUAUA